AUGGGCAGCGAAGACGAGAUCCUCAAAGCAAAGCGUGCAUUGCAGAAAGCCAAUGAAACCAACAACACGCAGGCUAUGAUGGAUAUCAUGGGACGUCUAAUUAAAAUCAAGGCUUCUCAAGAAUUAUUACGGAAAACCGACAUUGGGAAAAUUAUGGGUAAAUUAAGAAGUAACGCCAAUACAGCCGUCUCGCAAAAGGCAAAAGAAAUCGUUCGAAAAUGGAAGGACGAUGUGAUUCUGGAGUCCAAAGCGCCUGCACCGUCCCCCGUGAAAAAGAUCAACACAUCUACUGGCUGUAAAGCAUCACAUCCAUCAUCCACUGCCUCCUCACCGAAAACACCGUCAGAGACAGGUCCGCCUCGAACCGUCAAGACCGAUGAAGUGACCUUCAAAACCACAGGAAGUACACCGCGAGAUAAAACCAUUGAACUGUUAUAUGCAGCAGUAGCGCUUGGCAGCUACGCCGAUUCGGAGCUUCUGUUAAAGAGAGCCAUGGCGAUUGAAAAGGCAGUGUUUGGAGAAUAUGAAUUCAUCAGUGAAGGUUACAAGAGCAAAAUCCGAUCGUUGGCAUUGAACUUGAAGAGCAAGAGUAAUCCUACUCUGCGAGAGAGUGUCGUUAGCGGAGAGCUACCCGUGGAUAAACUGUGUACAAUGAGUGUCGAGGAUAUGGCAUCUGAGGAAGCGAAGGCACGCGAUCGUAAACUCGCAGAGGAAGCACUAUUCAAGGCUCGAGGCGCUGGUUCGGCUCAAGCUGAAACCGAUAUGUUCAUUUGUGGAAAGUGCAAAAAGAGACGAUGUACUUAUUUCCAGAUGCAAACACGAAGUGCCGAUGAACCGAUGACAACCUUUGUCACGUGCGUAACAUGUGGUAACCACUGGAAGGUAGGCUCAUCAUUUAUUUUCUUUCCCGAUGAUAAAACGUGGCUUAAAAAAACCGUGGUACUUCUUCAUAGUUCUGUUAAUGGGUCUCUUUCUCUUGGUCUGCUAAGAGUGCCGGAUAGAAGUUCUUGCGAUCGUUUUCCUAUUGCAAUACAAUAA